UGGUAGCAUAUUUUGUGCUGGGGCAAAGAUGGGGAAACGCAGAAAACCGUAUUAUACCAAAGCGGAGUCGCUCUGACCAAUGACAUAGGGCAGAAAGUCUCCGGGACCGGAUUUACAAAACGAGAAUUGGAUGACAUGUGGAUUAUUAAUUGAUUCCAACAUCCCCUCGCAAUAAAACGAAGCAGCAAAACCGACCAAGGAUAUACUGCUCCCAUGCUCUAACAUACUUGAUACAAUGCUUCACGGCGACAUGUCUCAACCGGCUCAUACGUCAAAGACCCGAACUCGUACUGGCUGCGCCAACUGUCGCCAGAGUCGGGUCAAGUGUGACGGAGAGGAGCCCUGCACGCGAUGCUGGCAGAAAGGCUGGCAAUGCACCAGGGAAAAGUUGACUCUCAAAUGGAAAUCGGACUAUCAGAGCCGUGGCUUGGCCUUCGGUCGGGAAGGAGUCUGGGGAAAAGGACCGUCGUCGAAGAAAAAGGCCGGUGUCAUAUCAACCGGGGAGCAGAAUUGGUCUCCCAAUAGCACCGUGUAUCCGUGGAGCUUUGUCAAUCAGGAUAUCUCAACAAUGGAGUGGCUUUACGAUGAGAAAGGAGCCCCCCGAUACCCGUCAUCUAUGGAGAUCAGUGUGAUCCGCCCGAAGCGCGACAGGUUCGGAGUGGCAGAGCAGACUCCUUUGUGGUACUCGCCGCCUGUAUUUCCCUACCCACAAGCGCAGAAGCACGCCGUCAUGGUGGAGUAUUUCAUCGAUCAGGUCUGUCCUCGAACGACGUCAAGUCUAAAGAUCGCUUCUCCUUUCACGUCUGUGAUCCUACCAUUUUGCUUGAACGGCUCCGAGAACGGACUCGUAGCGCUCCAAGCACUGGCUGCGUGCUACUGGUCCCAAUCUAACCCCGUGCAUACAAGCACCGCAGUUCGAUUAAAGUCCCACGUUCUGGGAGAAUUACGCCGCAGGAUUGUGGCUGAGCCCUCCUAUACCAUCUCCCCGGAUCCCGAAGUGCUGGUCCUGAUGAUGAUGCUGAGUCUAUACGACAUCGUCGACCAGUGCGACAAAGGAUGGGUCGUUCACCUCCAAGGCGCGAAGGAUAUCAUCCGGCUUCGGAGGAGAAACCUAUCCAACCAAACGCAGUGUCCAGUGACAGCCUUUGCAGAACUAUUCUUUGCGUUCCAGGAUGUCAUGGGCCGUACUGCGUGUGCCAAGGCAGAUUUGUUCGGUCCUUCUUUCUGGGAUCAGACUGACCGUUCCGUCAACCCGUGGAUGGGAUGUAGCCCUGAGCUGGUUUCUAUCCUCUUUGCGAUCCUGGAUCUCAGUCGGAUCCGCCCCAAGAUGGACACGGACUUAGCCGAGGAGGUAGACUUCAGCAUGAGAGCUUCUGCCUUGAAUCGAAGAUUGGGAAGCCUCGUGCAAGUCUUAGCUGAUCCCGAAGACCGUGCCCUCCAGGCGGUUGCCGAUCUCAAACGUUUGGCAUGCACCGUCUAUCUGCACUGCGCCUUGUACAACGCAGAACCAUCUACCCCAAUCGUUCGCAGUCUCGUUCGCAGGAUCAUCCAGCAAUUAUCCGCCUUGCUCAAAGAGAACCUCAUUAUCAAUGCGACAUGGCCUAUUUUCGUCGCUGCCGUCGCGCUGGAUCCUGCAGAUGGAGAGAAUUGGCCAGACCCGGUCACCGGGGAGCUGGUCUGCGGACGAGCUUUGGUCCUGAGAGCAUUGGCGACGAUGGCCCAAUCCACCGUCACCAGUGUGGCGCGCGUCCGCUCCAUUAUUGAAACGGUUUGGCAGUCGCGAGACCGAGAUUUAGCCACCGGAUCGUCCGGCCGGCAAUCCUCGCAGCACAAUGACUGGGAAUGGUAUGUGGUCCCGCUGAGUGACGCACUGAGCCUGGUAUAGUCAUGUAUCAAAGAAUAUAUCUCUCUAUCAGACGCGAGUGCAUCGGCUCUGUCGCAAUUCACUGUGGCAUAUCAUCGGUGUUAUCCUGAUCUCCGACUGUUUCCACGGCCUGGAAUAAGGUCAGUCUUCAAUUUGCAUGAGUCUCCAGUCUAAAACAAACGCCCUUUGUUAUCGAGACCACUGGCGUCAUGAGGAACCUACGCCGUCCUAGGCUGCAACCCCUCUACAGAGCAAGCAGGUCUCAAGACUUACAGCAAAGACUCUGGCCCGUCAUUGCUGGUAGCUUCAUGCUCGGGGUACUUUCGUGGGCCAUUUAAGACUAUCGUGAUCGGGUGAACUUCGGAACCGGUGGCACACCACCCACCAUUCGCAGCUGGUUCAAAGUCAACUGGUACCCGCACUGUGAUUGAAGCCUCCUAGGGCCGGCGAUUUG